UUUCCACAGACCCGAGUGCAGCUUUAAAAUCCCCCACAAUGCACCGCGCUGUCCCGUAGCCGUUGCCAUGUUAGAGCAGUAUGGGGGAGUUUCCCGCAGUCUGCGCCGUUACACAGCGUGAAAACUUUUCCCUCUGCCCGUCAGUGCGCUCGUUUCAUCCUGUCUCUUACCACAGGAAAUCCUCCAUGUUUCUCUGCGAAGCCUUUCCUACGGAUAUCCCCGUCCAGCGAGUGUGUUAACAGGCAGAAAGAUGAGCAUAACUGCAUUCCGCGGUCCGUUUCUUCAGCAAACUUCAGACGCGGUCACGGCAGGUCCGGGGAACACACACGGUCUCCACCACGGGCUGUUUCUCUUCACACUACACAUUAAAGGAAUGAGGGAGCAGAGCUAGAGGCCCAACUCUGCACCACCUGUGACAGGAUGGAGCUGAAGGUUUGGGUGGAUGGAAUCCAGCGUGUGGUUUGUGGAGUCACUGAGGCGACCACAUGUCAGGAAGUGGUCAUUGCACUGGCUCAGGCUAUAGGUCGCACUGGGCGCUACACACUAAUCGAGAAAUGGAGAGAUUCUGAGCGACACUUGGCUCCUCAUGAGAGCCCUGUGGCCUCAUUGAACACUUGGGGCCAGUACGCUGGUGAUGUUCAGUUUAUUCUGCACCGCACUGGGCCUUCCCUCACUGAACGUCCUCCAUCUGAGGGGCCCCCUGUCUCUCGGGGCCCUGAGCGUGGCCUGCAUCGCCAGAGCCUCCCUAUUAUGGCUAAGCUUCGGGCCCAGGGCGAGCGAUCUCUCCGCCGUCGAGAACCACGUCGCAAAUCCCUCACCUUUACUGGGACGCCACGUGGCCUUAGAGACAUACUUAAUGGCACUAGAAUUGGAGACAGAGACUCCAAGCGCUGUGUUGUUCUGAUGAACAGUGCCCCCCAAAGCCUGUCCACAUCCCCACGGCUACCUUCAAGUCGCGUGGAAGAGCUGACCCGCCUUGUGAGGCUGCAGAGGGAGUCGCUGAAUGUUCUGGAACGCCGAGCAGAGGCAUGCGAUGUAGAGCUGCAGACAUGGAGCCAAAAAAGGCCAAGCAGUGAGGACUCCUGGGCAGUCAUGACAGAGGAGAUGGUGCGGCUGGAGCAGCAGCUGUGUAGGAAUCAGGUGGAAGUGGAGGAGGAAGAGUUUUGGUCAAGCGAGCUACAGAUUGAGCUUGAAAGCGAGAGGCAGCUGGAGGAGCGGCUGCAGGAGGUGUGUACUCGGCUCCGAACCUGCGAGACUGAGCUGGAGCAGAGGUUGAACCGUUUGCAUGGCAUGGAGGCGGGACUGGAGGCUCAGCGGCAGCAGGAGCAAACGAGGGAGAACCAGCUCUGGAGUGAAGGAGAAGUGAAGGCCAGGCUGCAGACGGUAAAGGCUGAACUCAAGGCUCAGGCUCAGCACACAGCACAGCUGGAAAACAGCUGCAGGGCUGUGGAGAGGUCACUGAGUCAGUCUAGCAAGAGACUACAGGAGAGUCAGUUUGAGCUUGAGCAGCUAACUAAAGAGCUGAGGCAGGUGAAUCUUCAGCAGUUCAUCCAGCAGACUGGCACUAAAGUGACUGUACUGCCGGUGGAGCCCAGUGACGUGGAGGCCAGCGUACCCCCUGUGCCUCAGGAACCAGCACUGACUGGUUCACUAAAGCGCCUGGGCCCAUCUCAUGCAGUGGGAGUUAACCUGCGGGUGCUACACAGCCCCAUCACCUCAACCCUCAACCCUGAGGGCAUUUAUGUCUAAGGACCAGAGGAACACCUGCAACCACCUUUACACAUCCACUGAAAAGUUUUUCAACAACUCCAUGUGAUUUCAUAAAAACAGAGUAAUGCAUUAAGGCUGUUGUGAAAGGCAGUCAUAGGAAGUGAUUUGUUGGUUAAGGCUGGUAGUUAAUACUCGGCUUUGCAAUGUUGGAUAGCCGAUGGAGCAACAGAGUAGGAAGCAUGAAAUAAAAAUGAAGGUAUUCGUUAUUUUGGUAAUGGUAAACUGGACAUAUACCUCAACUCAAGUCCCAUCUGUUGGCUGUAAUAUCUGCUCGAAACUCUAAUGAACUCUGAUAAAAGAAUGUUUUAUUUCCUAUAUAGAGACUGCAGAGCAACAGGCCUGUAUAAGAAAUGACAUACUAAGGAUGAGUUACUUUAGAAAUGUGAAUAUUUUUACAAAGCUGUUUGUUAAUUCAGCCACAAAGUGAGUUGUUCAUAUAAGCAACAUGACACAUGCACCUUUCUGUCUUUACUGUGGCAUCAUAUUUUAUGCUGAGGUUUAUAUUUUGCCACAGUUGGUAUUAUAUUUCUUUGCGUACUCCACAUUUAGAUUUAUAAUUUGUUUUAGCGAUUUUUGAGCCAAAGAUGCCUGCUAAUAUGUAUAUUUUUGGUAGCCAUAUUCAAACUGCAACGGAUGCAGUUUUAUAGCAAUACAUCUCCAGCUAUAUAAUUAGCUAAUUUCCAUCAUGUUUACCUUUUAGGUUUUAAUAAUCUAUAGCUUAUGCAAAAGAAUUUGCAAUGCACAUGUGUAAAACUGAGCUUUGCAUUAGUAUUAAAUGAACGUUGCAGUAUUACAGUAUAUUAUGCUUGACAAAUCAUAGAUUGGGCUCUGUCAAUUAACCAGUUUAUAACUGUUAUAAUUGUAACCAGUGCCUUAAGUCUGUAAUGAAGCAUUAACACGAUCAAAUCCAGAUCAAAAUGGGGAGCUCCCAAGUCUGUUUAUAUGUGGUAUAGAUGGUGAUGGUGAACUAACAUCCAUUUUUUUUAUUUGAUAGAAAACCGGCUGUGUUUGAAAUCCCUCUUUUGUUCACUCCAUUUGAUUUUCUUUGUCCAUACUGCUACACUAAACACUGAAUGGGGGACAGGUGUUAGAACCAUGGCACCAACCGGUUUCAGAAGCUUGAGGCAUGCUAGCAUAAUCUUUUUAUUUGUAGAGGAAUGAAGGCUCAGUGCUUUCUGGUGCCAGUUACACAAAAGGCAUUGUAUAUACACUAUAAAUCAAAUAUAUACUGUAAAUGUUGAACUAUAUGAACUAGAUGGAAAUUCAGAUUGGGCAGAAGCGUUCUCCACUACAAGUUGGUGCAUGAAAUGAAUGGGGUUCCACACACAGCCAUUGUUUCUUUGUGCUCACUGCUGCGUUUUUAUGCAUUUUUUGUGCUUGUGAACAAUUUCCGUUUUUUAUUUACUUUAAUAUUUUGUUUUCUACUUUGAAAAUGUAUUUAAAAAAAACUGCGGUAAUGCCAUGCAUAUGUAAAUUAUACAUCUUGCUUAUAAAGCUCUUUGUGAUUUAUUGCACUGCAUUUCAACAUUAAAAUCAAAUUAACACAAA